CUUCUAAUCUGGUAGAUGGCAGCACUUGUAGGCCACAGUUUUCAGAAAAGUUAGAAAGGUUUGUUUUGAGCUUCGAAGAUCAGGUUUCUGCGAAUUUUACUGUUGUCUGACGGUUGUUGACGCCGGUGUAUGGAGCUAAAUACUCAGUUCUUCGCCUUCUUCUCAUGUAGCAAUUGUAAAACGGUCCUUAUGUACGGUAUCGGGAAGUCACAAUGUCCGGUCUCGUUUGUGUGAUGGACUUGUCAGAGCAGCACGAUUUUAACGCAGAAUAUCGGCUACUACCUGCUGUCUAGAUCGUGUUCGACUACGUUUAUCCGACCCGAGCGUCCCUCGUCAUUCCCUGUUUGCCUUGGUCUAUUACUGUGUUCGGAAGGUGCGGAAAUCUCGAACGUUUUCCCGUCGGAUCAAGAUGCCGGGGGCCGACCUCGUCUGUCUACGUAGCAGCUGGCACUGUGCGACAGAGACACCUUGGCUUUUAGGGAGAGCCGAAUCUACACUCGGAGCAAGUGACGGUGUGGGAUUUGUCAUGGGAAUGCAUUUGCUUCAAAACGGGGUGUCCCGCGGAGACUCCUAGGCCCACGGCGCGCCGCCAAGGCGCGCUGUGUCCCGACUCCAAGAUCCAGCGUAGCGGCGCUGGCAGACGGUGGCCUCUGGAAGGAGCAGCGGCAUCGGCGACCCUGGGCCAGGAAAGGCAGGAGUGAUUUCCUGCCACCCGCAUCGGAACGGCGCCGCGUGUGUUGGCCUCCCCCGUUUGUAGAGACGGGCUUCGAGUAUUUGGCCCCGGCUGCACUUGACUGCGCAACUAUAGGGCGUGCUCCUACGCCGCCCCGCGAGAGCGCAACGUGUGGCCGGCGGCCUAGUAGGCAGACAAAAGGAGUGCAGUCGACGGCGUGCUACCAGUAUAGUUUUCGUUUCUCCUGCUAAGUUAUUACCUUGGCGAGUGUUUGGACUCCUGGCGUCCCUCUGACUCGGUGGCAUCCGUGCGCUUGCGUGUAACGGUGUAAGGGAGAGAGAGGAGACGCCGUGAUGGCUCUGUACGACGACGUGCGAUUUGUGCUAUCGCACGUGCGCCACUCGUUCGUGACGUGCGAUGACACCGGCCUGUGCGAACUGGCCUUGCUGAGCGACGCCGACGUGCGCGCCGCCUGGCCUCAGCCGGCGGCCUCCCAGGUGACCACCGACCUAGCGGCCGAAGCCGAACAACUGCAGCUGCAGCAGCAACAAGAAAUGAGCCAGUCCUACGACAUCGUCUCCGAGAUGGAGUUCAUCGGCGCUCACCGCAGGCGCUCCAACACGGCCCAGCGGCUGGAGCGACUCAAGAAGGAGCGUCGGUUGCAAGGGAAGCUGCGUCACGUCGUGUGGAAGGACCAGCCUGCCAAAGAACUCACCGCCUCAGAAGUGGACGCGUACUUCCCCCGCAAGGACGCUGACGCGGCCCCCCGCCGUUCCUGCAAGUGGUCUUCCCCCGCAGACAGCGAGGCUACACAGAGAAGUUCGGCGCUUGCGCGACAGCUGGAGCAGUUUCCCGUGGCGCCGAACAACCCGUUCAACGAGUACACGCGCUUCGACGGCAAGGUGAGCGAGCCAGCGCACCGUCGGAUCAACAUCUUCAUGAGCAUGCUGCCUCCAGAGGAGCGGGGCUUCCCCAUAGUGGUGUCGGCGCUGCCUGGUGCCCGAAUCCAGGACCUCAUAGGCCUUGUUUGUUGGCACUACACCAACGAGGGGCGUUCACCGAAGCUCAGGCCAAGCGUGUCUCAGUACUGCUUGAGGAUUGCGGAAGAAAGUGGGGAAAUCGAUGAAGACUUCCCUCCACUGGACCCCAGGGAACCUGUUACAAAGUUUGAGUUCCCAUACCUGGCCUUGGCAGAGGUGGAGAGAGAAGAUUUUCCCGCGGGACCCCUGCUCACCUUCCACACCAAGGAUGGCUUCACAAAAGUUCAGAUCCCCAGCCUGGAUGCCACUUUGCGGGAAGUUCUUGACCAAAUGCUCAAGAAACGCAAGGGCCUGUUACGUUCCUUGGGGCCUGAGUUCCAUGUCGAAGACUACCGGGAAGUGGGCAUCCCUAUUGACUUGGACACCACCAUCCGGACGAGUGGCACCCUUGAGUUCACCCUAGUGUCAGAGGACGCGGUGUUGUCAGCAACCCAGCCAGAUGAUUAUGCUGACCGGGACAUGACCGCCAUGGAGGCUCACCUGUACCAAGCAUUCAACGUGGCUCUUGUGCCUCGCAUUGGACGCAACACUGAAGUCCAAUUAGGUAUAUCUGGCGAGAAGGUGGAGAUAACGCCUCUGCAUCAGAAAGCCAAGAACCGACUGUGGACUUGGCAGCCAAAGGCAGUUACGCACAACAUGAACGAGAUUGCUGCGUGCGAGUUCGUCCACCGAAAACACAGCAUGGGCUCUCCCGAGAAGUGCAUGGUGAAGGUGGUGUACCUAUCCGGCGGAGAGUUCAAGAACCAUGUGUUUGAGACAGACCCUGGCACGGCAUCUGUGAUCCGAAACAAGCUGGGCUACAUUCUUGUUAUGCGCACCAGUCCAGCACGUACUCAGUACCUGGCACUAAAGGAGCGAAAGUUGCUCCGCAAGCAAGCCUCCUUCCUGCUGCCUAGCUAAGGCCUUGUUCCUCGACCUACUUCUCCUUCGAGCUCCAUUGUCUGCCCUGCCCCUGGUACCACAUGCGACAGCAAACGAGGCGUGCAGACGGAGCACAAGUGUGGUGCGCCGAAUUGUGCUCAGAUCAUUUGUUGUGUUGUCAGUUUUGUGUGCCUCAUGGUUUACAGUGCAUCACUCAACUGGAAAAGAGGUCCUGCUCGCCCGCCCUCCCCCCCCCAACAUACACACACAGCAUAUUCUCACCGCUCUGCUUUCUCCUUUCGCCAAUUCUCUCACAUUUUCAACAAGACUGAAUUACGAGGAAAGCAUGCAAGAUGAAGAGGCAGUGCUGUGAACUUGGUCAUGCCUUUUUCAUCGUCUGCUGUGAUAGCAGCCUUCAUUUGCUACCAUCGCCUCCUCUCCAGGUGCAACUUGUAGCCACAUGCUCCCAAGCCCGUUAUUUCCUCCUGCAUUUUCUGGCUGUGAACGAGGUCCCUUAGCAUGUACACUGCAGGUGGGCCUUUUUGCAAGCUAUGGACAUGUCUCGUGUGUGAGGAUGCGAGCGCUGGAGGUGAACAACCUCGUUCGUUAUUUCUGCAAGCUGAUCACUGUGCAUUAUUACUUGUUACCUGACUCGUAAAGUGAUCAGUCUGAGAUUUUGACUGGCUCGGGGUCCUUUGGCACACUUGCCACCCUGUCUUCCAUCCUAUCCUCCCCUCAUCUCAUGCUGAGACUGAGUUCUGUAUUUGACUUCUUGGAGACUUGAGUUCUGUAUGUUACUAGUGGUGCUUUGUGCUGGACACAUGUGUGGUGAAGUCAUUAGAUUGUGCAGAUAGUAGUGUAUGGCUUUAACUCUUCAGUUUGUAUAUAGUGUACGACUCAAAAUUUUAGUCAUUAGUGACAUCCUCCCUGGCACAUUGAGCGCUCUGUUUCGUAUCCCGUGCUCUUCAUUUCUCUGAGCCACAUCACACUGGAAUAGAAAAAUGCACCAUCCACUUUUGAAACUUGAUUUACGACAUGCUUGAAGGCCACAAUGUGACACAAGUGAACUUUGGGAUGAACAGCAAAAGGAAGGGAGCCAUGUGUGCAUAUUUGCUGUUUAUCAUGCAGAGUGUACUGUUUGAAGCAAAGAAAAUGUUUGUGAAAUGGGCAGGAAGAGCACUGAACUUAGUUUGGUUUGCACACCUCCCAGUCACAUCACAGAAGCCAAGCCAGUCCAUAAAGCUGCAUGAGCUACGCAAAGAGUAACGAGCCAAGAAAAAGUAUUCUGUGCCCAUCUGACAAUUUUAUUGCGCCUAGCUUACUCAACAGCUUAUCUUGCAGCACUGGUGUUACAUGCGGCAGCAUUGCUUGCCCCCACUCAAAGCUUCCACCGCAGUUCUUGCAAUCCUCCUUUUUUUUUUUUCUUGUGCAUUUUUUGCCCUUUCCAUGUGUGUGGUUAUCUGGGAAAGGUGGUGUGAAGGAGGAAGCCGCUGGAGGGAAGCUGCUCAUCUCAUGCACACUGCCUGCAGCAAAGAAAGUGGGGAUGUUUACAGUCAUCUAUUACUCAUAUGACUUAGUGAGCGAGGUUUCGGUAAACGCAGCUUCCACUUGUUUCUUGUCAUGUGAUCCACAAUAUGCCAGAGAAAGAAGAGUAUCACAAGUAAGCACCGAAAAUAUAUUCUGAUUUUAUAUGUUCCCUGCAUGACACUCAGAUACACUUCGUUCUUCUUUGGGUUUCUCUUUUUUCUUUUCUUUUUUCUUUCUUUCUCUUUUUGCUUUCGUUUCAAAGCUGGGCAACUUUAAAUAGUUUCUCCCCCAUCUUUCCCAUUUUUAUUUCUUCUGCAACUACAUUGUUUUGCUAGAACAGUGAAGUGCAAAAGGAACUGAUAGCAGCCCAUGUGGUGUCUGCUGUGCAGAUCACACCCUCUUCCUACCUCUAGUUUUGUAGUGUUCGUAGGUGCAGCGAGAAAUAUACUGCAUGACCUGUGUGGAGCAUUCAAAACGACUUUUCAGAUUGCAGACAUUAUUUUUUACUUCCUACGAGUUGUUGAAUUGACUGUGAAACCUACGUGGCUGAGGGGAGGGAGAGAAAUGCAUUCAUCAGGUGCCGGUGAUUUCACAAACAGAGCUUGCGCAUUUCACCCAGAGACGCUUGAAAUUAUAUGCUGUGUAGCAACUGAUGACACGCUUUGCACAUUUUGCCUCAUUAGCUCUUUCCAGUGUAGUCUGCUUAAUUUGCAAGCAUCACCGUUUCUUCUGUCACAUAGCCACCUCGGAUUAUAUGAUGCGACAAACAGCACUCAGGCAAGGGUUCAUACGCAAUCAGUGUUUACACUCACAGUGCGUUGCAUGCUUAUUCUGGCUCUGAGUAGAAAUCAAAUUUCUCCCUUGUAUAGCAUGAUCAAAGAGCAGUGUGUUGUAUGCCACUUGGAAUUGAUGUCUGCUGGUUGCCUUCUCAUCCAGAACACGUUGUACAGCCCUCCUUCUCCGUGGCUUAAGCUAACUUUAAAAAAAAAGAAGAAUAAGAAGAAAGAAAAAAAAUGUCAUGUUGUCAAAGUGCAGCAUUGCAAGCAGUCUUCUUGAGAUGCUUCAUGGUGUCUACUAGAAGCUAUCCAAUUCUUGGAAGUACAGUAAGGUGCAGAGAUCACUUGUUGCAAGGAAAAGCAAAAAGAGCAAGUGCACAAGUGGUGCUCAGCUUGCCUCUGCAUGCAAAUGUAUGCACGCAUCAUAAUUUAAGUUACCUAUGUUGUGGGGAAGAUUGCCGUCACAUUUUAAGAGCUUGUGUUGUUUGUGGGUUCCUGGGGAAGUUCCCAGUGAUCGUGAUAUUGUGGGAAUUUUAGCAAACUGUAGUGGCCUGAUGUUUAUGUAAGUUUGGUUUCUGUGGUUCUGCACCAGCACAAGGCUGGCAAGUCAUUACAAAGCUCAAAAGCAGUUUUAUGUUCCCAUCUCGCCCGGCGGGAAAAAGAAAAUGGACUCUUAUUAAAUGCCAGUCGUAUGUUAUGGCAGCAGGACUUGCUAUAGUACUAUACUGCACGUUGUAACAUCACAGUUCACUUCGCUGUGCCCUUCCCUGCAGGAGUGCAUAAACUGUGUUUGCAAGUGCAGCAGAAAAAACGAGAGCUUCAGAAGCUGACCAAGUUGCGCCAAGCUUGCCUAUUUUACAUGGGAUGUAGGCUGUAAGUAAAAUCCUUUGCUCAAACAGCUAUGGACACGCAUUUCAUCAUUUGUGCGUGCUAAACAUGAAAGGUGUUCCACGAUGCCUUCAACAGCUUCUAGCCUUGAAGGUCUGCCAUAAUGCUACUCAGGUCAUGUUCCGAUUGCCACCCCUGUUUUUAGUUCUGAUGACUGUGGCAAAUUCGCUGCAGUGAAGGAAUCAUGUUUGAUUUUCCUCCUUCCUGGUGACUGACUAUAUGUUGGUUUGUCAUACAUGUUUUUUUUUUCUGUUUCAAGAAACUGUUUUGUUUGUUAAAAUUUGUUAGCAGAAGUUACUAUUGUAACACUGUCCAAAGAACAAGAAAUGUAAGUAAAAUUUUACGAGUAGAAAAAUGGUUUAAUACUGCUGAAUUUCCUGCACUCGUUGACUCACUGUCUCAUGCUAGGUGAUUUGGUGAAAAUUGGCUCCACAGCUAUUGUGGAUGAAGCGUGACAUCACCGUUGUGCUUAACAGGGCUUUUAAUUAGCUGUCAUUGAUUAUCUAGUUACUCUUUCUAGCAAUAUUGUCAAAAUUGCUAUUGUGGUAAAUUGCCAAAACAUUUCUCGGUGGCGUUUUCACCACCGCCACUGGGAGACCCAAAAGCCUUUGAAUAGGGGUAGUUGCCUUUGGAUUACUUUUCUGUACCUUUUUUUUUAGUCAAAGGCAUUCAAAUUGAUAUAUCACUAGGGAUAUUGGCACAUUUGUUCUUGGGAUAGCUAGGUGGCUCAAUCCCUAUUCAGAAGUUAUAGCAAUAGCAUAUGCGGUGUGUGUCUCCAGUGGCUCACGGCAGUUAUUCCGACUGUGCAGGGCUUUCCUGCAGUGUGCAAGCGCCAUCUUUGGUAAAAAUCAACGAAAAGGGAAAAUUCUUGUUUCUGGUUCAAUGCAUUGUGGUGCCAUCUGUCGUGCUUGAUGAACUUUCAGAGGAGCACAACUCCCUGGUGACUGACUCACCAGUGGGUCACGACACAUCAGACAGAGCAAUGUGACAAGUGACCCACCGGUGGGUCAUCCCUCACAGGAAUGAAGACUUCAAAAAGUGAUGCUGCAGUGAACGUGUUAAGUAUGAUACUAAAUUAACAUUUUUUAGACAUGCUUCACAUCGUACAACUUUUGUGUUCUCUUCUUUCUUGGCUAAAGGAGAUGCUUUGAAGCAGCGAAGGUGCUUGCACAAUGCAUUUUUGCUCUUCUUUAGGUGCAGUGUCUAACGAGAGGGAAGUGGUGAACAAAUAUCGCUGUUGUUCUUGUCUGAUGCGCACAGAUUUUUCAAUUUAAGAACCCUCUCUUUUUUCUUUCCCUUGCCUAUCGGUUCCUGUCUUGCAAAGAAAAUGUCCAGGUCUUGAGUUUAAAGAGACACUGAAGCAAGAUAUAUUGUUAAAAAGAAUAAUGGAUUGCACUUUGCACAUACUAAAUACUAGGUUGUUCCUAGAAAAAGAGCUUAUGUGCAGUGGGAAGCAACAGAAAUGUAAAAAAAAAGAUAAAAGAAAAA